AUGCUGUCUAGUGCAUCUGCAGCUUUCUCAGUUAGAUCUGGUGGUGCAGUGAAGCCUACAUUGAGUAGUGGCUUCAGAAAUGAAACAUAUCGUUCUGAUGUUAGACCUGAAGUUGUUAAACCUAUGAUGAAUUAUGGACCUAGAAAUGAUGGAUCUAGAUUUGGAAAUACAUCUAGUUUCAGGAGAAAGGAUAAACCAUACUGUACUCACUUACUGCCCUUUCCCAACCUAUCCACACCUCUUGAUUCUCCUGUUAGGCCUACUCACCAUCAUCAGACAUACCCUAUUCCAAAUCCUAUCUCCCCUUCAUCCUCUGAUGGAUUGGAUCAUUCCUUUGAUACCCAUGUGCCUGAAUUACCAACUGAUGUAACUUCUGUCAGUCCAUUAAUCAAUGAUGUUCGCAAUCCCUUUGAUUCUUUACAUCCAUCCAGUCAGAAGCUUGAAUCUAUUCAUGGAGACUAUGGAAGAUAUGUGAAGACAAUCAAGUGUUUAUACUGGCUGGAUUUAUCCUCGUCUGAGAUAUGCUUGUGGCAGGAUUUUAGCAUUUGA